AUGGCUACGCUAGGAGGUGCUGCGGUCCAGUCACACUACAGAUUAGCCCAAGAACGGGAAUUCUACAAAUAUGUUCCGCGCGAACUUUCCGCAUCGCAAUAUGCCCCCUUCGACCAUGCAAGCGAGAAUACAUUCAUCUCGCAACCGUCGCAGGAUUCGGCCUUGACCUCCUUCGCUCAGCUAGGCGCCAUACGUCUAGGCACCCGACGAGCCCUGGUUUCUCUAUUCGAUAAAACCCACCAACACGUUGUCGUGGAGGCAACCCGGACCUUGGGACUGAUCGGUGGGAGUGUCCGCGACGAACACGACCGGCUGCGGCUAGGAUGCUGUGUGUUCCCCAAAGAGAGGGGACUUUGUCAGCAAGUCGAGUGUUUAAAUUCAGAAGCCGACGAGGUCGUCGGAUAUAGUUCGUUAGUUGUCUUGGAUGUGACACAGAACGAAAGUUUCAGGUCUCGUCAAGUGCUGCGCGCGCUGUCUGAUGUGCGCUUCUAUGCUGCAGUGCCUAUCGUGAGCCCCAAAGGGUUCACGAUUGGUGCCUACAGUGUGAUGGACCUUGAACCAAGGAUGUCGGGCCCGGAUCAACAUGAUCUGCAAUUUAUGAAGGAUAUGGCUGCAGCGAUUAUGGAGCACUUGGCCAUGGAUCACUCCACUCAGAAAGGUCGCCAGGCAAAACGGAUGAUCGCCGGACUGGGGAGUUUCGUUGAGGGCAGGUCGACCCUUCGCGACUCAUGGCCGGAAGCCAAUGCGCAGUAUGCCGCCUCGGAGCAGUCUGGGGAGCCCACCGAGGGUCAGUUGAAUAUUAAGCAACAAGCUCUGCAACAGGUCUCCAAGGAAAAGAUCGAGAAGAACCUUGCAAUCCGCCAGCCGCCUAAGGUUCCUAUCAAGGAUUCCGAACCCGUAUCGAAUAGCGACAGCAAAGAUACCGGACGCGGACAGGAGCCGCGCGUAGAAGUCAACAAAGCGGAUGGGUCUGUUCGAAGCGUCCUCGCGGGUGAAAGCCUACAGGAUGACUCUCUUCCGACUGGCAUCAAACAUGUUUUCUCGCGCGCGGCGAACCUCAUCAGGGAGUCGAUUGGAGCCGAGGGAGUCAUGUUCCUCGACACGAAUAGCGAACGUUUUGGGAGUCUCAUCAAACAGACUAGCCGGAGGGUUUCUGGUCCCAGCUCAAAAGCUUCAACAUCGAGUAGCGACGAAAGUACCGAUUCUGCAUCUUCCAAACGCAAGUUUACCAAGGGUGACCAGAAGAGCAGGGCUGACAGUACUCUUGUGUCUGAGUGCAUGGGCUUUUCGAGCUCUAGGGUUUCUAGCAUCAACGACCAGGCGAGGGCCGGCCAGGCAGUUGUGGUUCCAGAGCCUCUGUUCAGCUCGAUGAUCCGGCGAUACCCCCACGGUAAGAUUUUCACUUACAAUGCCAAUGGAAUGGUUUCCGAAGAUAGCGAUCUUUCGCGGAAUCCGUCCGAGCCCGAUCACGCUCCGUCUUCUGGGGGGCCUCGCACCAAAGACCAACGCCCCCUCAGCAAGCGGCGACGUAAGCCAACAUUCCAACAAGACGCUAGUAAUCUGAUCAAAAUAUUCGGUGGUGCCAGAAGUAUCCUGCUUCUACCCAUCUGGGACUCUGACAAAAAUCGAUCUAUCAUGGCCGAAAUCCGUCGACUCGACGUGGAGUUCGCUGAUAAGGCCAAAACCAAUCUUGUGAGCAGCAUCACGCACGAGCUCCGGAACCCACUGCAUGGAAUACUGGGCACGGCAGACAUUCUGAGUGACACUGCCAUGAAUGCUCUACAGCAUGGCAUGGUCCAUACAAUCGAGUCUUGUGGUCGCACACUCCUAGAUACCAUCAACAGUCUGCUUGAUCUGACUUUCAUCGACCAGUAUCAAAAGAAACAGUCUCGCUUAAGUGGAACGUCGGGAGAAAAUCAAUCGAGCUUAUCCGCCACUUCGACAGAGGGAGGUCGCGUGCAGAGUAAAAACCGUGGUGAAAAGAGUUCAUUUUCCCACGUCAAGCUGGACGCGGUGCUUGAGGAGGUCACAGAAUGUGUUUUCGCCGGAUACAGUUUUUACCAUCAUCCCCAGGCGGCGCCUCCAGCCUUGACUGAUUCUUCCUCACGGUUGGAUGGCCCAGCGAGUCCGUCCGAUCAAGUUGGCCCUCGGGCCAGUCAGGUCACGAUCAUUUUCGACAUCCAGCCAGAUACAGAAUGGGACUUCAACACACAUGCUGGUGCUUGGCGUCGCAUCCUGAUGAAUGUUUUCGGUAAUGCGCUCAAGUACACACCCUCAGGUUAUAUUUACCUCGGGUUGAAGUCAUCCCAAGGUGACACAAGUCCUGACAGUGAAUUGCCAACGGAGCAAGUACAGGAAUUUGAGGUCACUCUUACGGUGAAGGACACUGGGAAAGGUAUCGGGGCCGAAUAUUUGCAAGGCGACCUUUUCACUCCGUUUAAGCAAGAGGAUUCACUUGCGUCUGGGAGCGGACUAGGAUUGAGCAUCGUUCGCCAAGCUGUUGGAUUCCUCGGCGGCUCGAUCGAAAUUGAAUCAACCCAGGGAGUUGGCACUCAGAUCUCGAUCCGGACACCGCUCUACCCGUCAUCUGAUCCAUCAGAUACCUCGUCGUCGGGAUCUAUGUUUGGUCCCCCGCGGAAAUGUACCCAGGGAAAGACAAUUGGUCUCCUAGGGUUCGGGUCAUCCCUCCGGUCUCAACGAGACACGGCCUUGUACUCGUCCUUAGAGCGGUUGUGCCGAGAUUGGUUUGAAUUGGAGGUGACCAAUGUGUCUUCCCUGGAGGGCGAGCGCGUCUUCUUUGACUUUUACUUAGCUGUGCAGACAGAUUUGGACUCUGAGCAUGUUGAGGGAAGAAACCUGUUCGGCCUCAGUCCAGACCUCAUCAACGGAGAUGGUCACAGCUCACCGGUUGUGGUAAUCUGCCAGUCCCCCGAGGAAGCACACAGAAUGUUCGUCGCAGCCAAGAGCCGGGGCGAAACACCGCUCUUCGAGUUUAUAAGCCAGCCGUGCGGACCCCGGAAAAUGGCUCGGGCAUUGAAUAUUUGCAUAAAACGACAGGUCGAUCAACAAUUUGGUCGGCCCGAUGCCGGUGAACCGACUCGCUGGGUAGAAAUGCCUGAAUCCUCCCAUCUCCCAGUAGACAUUGCGGCUAGUGAUGCACCUAAAGACAGGAUGAAGAUCGGUAAGCGGCCGACGACGGAGACAAUGCGCAGUCCAGAACUUCGGAGUUAUCGACUCCCAUCUUACAAGGAGAACCUGAAAGCCGACUCACAGAGUUCCGCCCAGCCGACUUCAUAUUCGGAGGUAGAGGCGGAACCAGAGACCUCCGCACCACUCGUCUUACUAGUGGAUGAUAAUGACCUGAACCUCCAAUUACUUUGUGCCUACACAAAGAAGGAUAAUUAUCAUUACAUGACAGCUCAGAAUGGGGCCGAGGCAGUCGACAUCUAUAAAUCCCAUCCUGGCAAAUUCCGGGUUGUCAUCAUUGACAUCUCAAUGCCAGUUAUGGAUGGCUUUGAAGCCUCCAGGCAAAUACGUUGCCUAGAGAAGGAGCAUCGGGCCAAGAUGACCGAUUUGGUACAACAAACGUUGGCCCCCAUAGUCAUCGCCGCUUUGACUGGACUCGAUAAUGCUAAUGCUCAGAAGGAGGCAUUUGGUUCUGGCAUCGACACUUUUCUUGUCAAGCCAGUCAAGCGCCCAGACUUGCGAGCUAUCCUACGGCGAAUGCAAGAGUGA